CAGUUCGUGUUUUUCAGUGCCAUGCGCGUUCAGAUCCAAACUUGCAUUGUAAAUAAACAGUGUUAUGGACAGAAGUAACAAAAUGUGAAAAGAAUAUAUAACUAUAUUAACAAUGGAAAACGAUCGUUUAGCGAUCGUUUAUGUUGCAAACGAAGACAAGGAAUUAACUCUUGCAAUUAUUUAUGGACAAACAAUUGAAGAUCUUUGUCUCAAGGUCUGUAAAUCUCUUGGAAUAGGCCCAGUAACCAGACAUCUUUUUGCUCUUAGAAAUCAUUACACAAAACUUUGGUAUCCGUCAGCAUACCGCUUAGAAAUGAAAGAUAAAAACAAAUUUGACUUUAGGUUAAGAUUUAAACCUUCAAGCUUACAAAGAUUGAAACAUGUUGAUGUAAAUGCCUAUGAUUACUAUUUUCAACAGGCACGUUCAGAUGUUAUGGAUAAUAAAGUGCCAGACAUUGUUUAUGAAAGACACAAACAAGAAUUAAUUGGUCUUGGUGUUAGUGAUAUGUAUAGAGUAAUGUUAGAAAAAAGACUACCAAGAGAAACAGUGGAAUCAGAAUAUAGGAAAUAUAUUCCUAGAGAAUGUAUAAAACGUCAUGCGUUUUUUAUUAAAAAACCAAUUCAUAAUGCACUUCGAAAAAUAUCUGGAUAUGAUGCAAAUUAUGUCAAAGAACAAUAUUUGAAACAAUUCGAAUGUAUGGCGCCAAAUUAUCCGUAUGAAGAAUAUGAAGCUUUAAUGGAUAGAGGUCUUCAAAACCCACCAGCAAAAGUGAUUUUAAGAGUCAAUGUAGACGAAAUAAAAUAUUGUGAAACACUUGCUACUCCAUGGACUACAUUGUGUGCAAUUGAAGAUUUAUGUUUUGUUUCCAUAAGACAGGAUAAUACAGUGGAAAUAUCAAGAAAAAAUGGUAUACCUUCAUAUUUAAAAUUUUCAAAGAAUGCACUUUUAAUGUCCUUUGUUUCUGCAUUGGAUGGUUAUUAUCGCUUGGCAGUUAAAUGGACAUUUAAUUUAUGUGGAGAAGUUGUUACUCCUUCUUUGGAAAGAUUACAUAAAUUAAAAUGUCAUGGUCCAGUUGGGCAAGAGUUUUCAUAUACGAAACUGCAACAAAAACGUGCUAAUAAACCAGGUUCUUAUUUAGUUAGAGAAAGUGAAACAGAGUACAAUGUAUAUUAUUUAGAUGCAUGCAAUAAGGAAGGAAAAUUAUUUUCCAAGAGGAUAGAAGAACGAACUGUGUCAGAUGAUUUCAUUAUUACUGGUGUUCCUGGUCGAUACAAUACAUUAGCACAGUGUGUUUUAUCUUUCCAAGAUUCUGAAGGACAGUCAUAUCUUUCAGAAUGUUUACCACCUUCGGAAUAUGAUAAAUCAUCAUUACUACUUUGUGCUCCUGAAAGUGCAGUUAGUGAAGUUGCAGCGGAUGAAGAAAUUGUUGCUUCAGUUUUAGAAACUGGACCUCGCUGUGUACCGCAAAAUCAAUUAGAAAUUUACAAACCUUUCUUAAGAACUGGUAGAAUUCAACAGUAUUCACCAACAACUCUCCAUAGGGCAAUUUGGAGAUUAACCAAAGGAAAAAAAUUAGAAGUUGCUUUGAAAAUUUUAAAACAAGAGGAAGAAACAAAUUAUACAAAAGAAUUUUUAGAACUUGCUGGGAAAUGGUCCCAGUUGCGAUCAGGCACUCUUGUAAGGGGAGUCACAUUACAAGAAUUCCGAAAUGCUGAUGCUAUGAAGAAAUACUAUAAAUCUGGAAAACGUUUAACUAUUCCAAAUGGUUGUCCUAUGGAAGUCUAUAGAUUAAUGCUUGAAUGUUGGGGAGAUUCAAGUGGUUCUAGAAAACAACCUCAGGCAAUUAUGAGAGACAUAAAUCAAAUACUAUAUCAAGUAUAUAAUUCUCGUAGAAGUCAUGCAUAUGCAACAGCAUUUCCUAAACUGUUUAGUUCUGAAAUGAAAAAAUUUGAGCAAGAUAAUUCUGACUCCAGUGAUAAUAAAUCACUAAAUAGUGAAUCAAGAAGUAAUAGUUUUUCUACAGACAAUACGAGUCUCAGAUGGAAUGAUACUGACGAUAGUAUGCAGGGUUUAAUCAACACCAACGAAGAUAGCACAGAAGACUUCUCUGCAUAUUUAGGUUGGUUAUCAAGUGCAAGAAGAGAUUCAGAAGGGUGUUCAAUCUCUCAAAAUAAUAUUCCUAAUAUGAACUGCAUUGAACGCUCCACUCAAGUUUUGCGAAUAGGACACCCUAGUGAUUUAGGCGAGGUAGUAAAAUUGAAUAUUAAUAUUAAAUAUAUUUUAGCGUUCAAUUUUAACAGUUGUUAUAAGUAAAAUAAUUUAAUCAAAUUGUUUUUUUUCUAAAAAUCAAUAUAAUUUUAAUUAAUUACAAUAAGAACAAUUUUAACGUAUAAUAUUAACUUAAAAAUAGGUAAUGGGAAGAAAUGAAUCUGGAACAGAAGAUUGUGGUUCUGGAGGAAGUAGUAAUGGUUCCUUAGGUCAAAUGCGAGGCAUUUAUGAAUUGGAUAUUGAUGGUAACGUAAUUUUACAAGGUAGAAUUGGUCAAGGUUUUUAUGGGGAAGUUUAUAGAGGUACAUUGGAAAGAGAAAAUGGGAAAGAUAUUGAACCACAACAAGUUGCUAUAAAAAAAUUAAAAACAAGAGCACUUGAAGCAGAUAUAAGAGAUUUCGAAAGAGAAAUUGCUAUAAUGAAGGUUAAUUAGUUAUUUAAUGACUUGUAAUUAAAUUAUAAUUGGAUUGAUAUUGCAAUAUUAAAAUUCCAAUAAAUUAAUAAAAUUACAGACUCUGAAACAUCCAAACGUUGUGGAAAUUUUGGGGGUAAUAUCAGAACCUGAAGUUUAUCUAGUAAUGGAAUAUGUAAAACACGGUUCAUUGCAAAGUUAUUUAUCAAUUCAUAAACAAGAAUUGACACAUAGAAGACUGUUAGGAUUUGCUUUAGAUAUUGCAACAGGAAUGGAUUAUUUAGGUAGCAUGAGUAUUGUUCAUAGAGAUCUUGCUGCAAGAAAUAUUUUAGUUGCCGAUGAAAAUAAAGUUAAAAUCAGUGAUUUUGGAUUAGCUCAAGUUACUGGAAAAAAUGAUUAUUAUAUUUUACAAACUGAUCGGGGCCUUCCUAUUAAAUGGUAAGUCACAAAUAACGAAUGUAUUCUUGAUGUUUUAUUGAAAUUCUUAUUCUUUUUUUCUUUUUUUAAGGUAUGCUCCAGAAAGUAUCAGAGAUGGAAAAUUUUCCACUCGAUCAGAUGUGUGGUCGUUUGGCGUAACAAUGUAUGAAACAUUUGGUUUUGGAGAAGAACCACGUUUACCUGGCCUUGAUUCAAGUACGGAACGUCUUCAAAAUGAACAAGAGAAAGGAAGCACUGAAUUGUUAGCUGCAUUAGAAAGAGGCACUCGUCUUCCUUGUCCGUCUACUUGUCCACAAGCAAUUUAUGUAAAACUUAUGCAUCCUUGUUGGCACUUACAAAGCCACCAGAGACCAGAUUUUGCAACUCUUUGCAAGGAUAUUAAAGAUCUUCUUGCUCAAUAUUAAAAAAGAAAUGAAAAAAAUGUAUAAAAUGAAACGUAGGUAAUAUAUUAUUUAUGAAAAUUAAACUUCAGCUUUGAAAAAAUUUUUAUAAUUUUAAUUUUAAUAAUUUAUAAAAGUUUGAUAUAUUUUAAAAUUUUUUAAUUUAUAGACAUUGAAUAA